UCGGCAUGGCCCAGAAAAACAACUUUCAGUUCUCCAUCAGGGAAUAUAGCCCCUCAGAUCAACAUGAGGUCAAGUCGCUCUUUCGUGACGGGAUACUCGAACAUGUAUACCCUGCUUUCUUCAAGGCCAUGAGCCACCCAGACCAUGUUGGCGUCGCUCUGAGCAUUUCAAUGGCUGGUUAUGUGCUGGGAGGCAGCUCCUACUUCCAAGCUUUGCUCUUUGGUAGUGCAUGGGCUGGCCUCCUUUAUUACUGCUGCCACGACAUCUACGAAGGCUACAUGAUGAGGAGGCUGAGCACAGACAUGGCUGACAUUCAAGCCAACUACCUGGAGAACCCAGAUAACGGCUUCUGGGUGGCAGAGGCAGACGUUAACGGCCAGCCCAAGGUGGUGGGGAUAGUGGCGGUGACAGGGAAGAGGGGAGAGGAGGAAGGGGAGAGGUUUGAUGACUGGAACGGAGGAGUGAUUGGAGAAGAGUUCGCUCAAGAUGCCGCUGAUGGGAGUUACGGCGAGAUGUCCCACACGGUUGUAGUGUUUCCGUCACGCCGCAAAAACCUGGGUUCAGAGUUGACGAGGACGGCCCUUGAUUUCUGCAAAGAGCGAGGAUACGCCCGCCUCGUUCUGGACGUCAGCUCGCCACAGACAGCAGCUAUUUCCCUGUACCAAAAAUUUGGCUUCGUUCAAACUGCAUCCCACAGUAACACACAUGCCAAUCGCUGGUUCUCCAAGCUGGCUCGAAUAAAUGUGAUGCGAAUGGAAAAGUUCAUAUAAUGGACUUUAGACAUCGGUACCUGAUACAACUUCCAUUGUACACUGAGAAUUUAUCAGCUAAUUUAUGCUUCUUGCCAAAUUUAAUGCAAAAUUCUUUCUGUUGUGUCAUUUGGUCACUCAUAUC